CUGUACAGACAGCAGACAUGGCAUCAGGUAGGAGGAUGAGAUGGAUCCAGCUGCUGCUGGUGGCCUGUGUGUCAUAUUCCUCUCUGGUGUCUCCAGCAACUGGAUCCCAAUUGGAAGUGAUGUCUGCUCCCAGUAUACUGCGAGUAGGAACACCAGAAAAGAUCUUUGUUGAGAUACAAGACUAUGCCGGUCAAGAUGCCAAAAACGUUAACAUCCUUGUGAAGAACCAUCCAACUAAAGACAGACUUCUGACAUCCACACAAGUGACUCUCACCAGAGCAAACAACUACCAGGGUUUUGGAGGAAUUACGAUUCCUGCUGGAGGAUUCAGUAACGAUCCCAAGGUGAAGCAGUACGUUUACCUUCAAGCAGAUUUCCAUGGCCAGAUGCUGGAGAAGGUUGUGUUAAUCACUUUCCAGUCUGGCUACAUUUUUAUCCAGACCGACAAAACCAUCUAUACUCCCGCUAGCAAAGUCCAUUACAGGGUUUUUGCACUGCAGCCUAGCAUGGAGCCUGUGGAGAAGGGCAGCCAAGUCGAAUCGGACAAUUCACUAAAGGUUGAAAUAGAGACCUCUAAAGGCAUUGUGAUUAAAUCUGACAUUGUCUCACUGGAAAAAGGGAUGCACUCUGAAAGUUUCACACUUCCUGAAGUUGUCAGCAUGGGAAAUUGGAAGGUGGUGGCAAAGUUCCAAAGCAACCCACAUCUGGCCUUCUAUUCAGAGUUUGAAGUCAAAGAAUACGUUCUUCCCAGUUUUGAAGUCAAAUUGUCAACUCCGCCUGAAAGCCCCUUCUUCUAUGUGGACAGCGCUGAACUAACCAUCACUAUCCAAGCUACGUAUGUGUUUGGUAAAGACGUGGAUGGAACAGCCUAUGCCGUAUUUGGGUGUAUGACUGAAGGAAACAAAAAGGCCUUUCCAGGCUCACUUCAGAGAGUUCCAAUCUAUAAAGGUACAGGGGAAGUCACACUGAAGAAGGAACAUAUCACUCAGACCUUCCCACAAAUCAAUGACCUUGUGGGGAGCUCCAUUUACGUUACCGUCAAUGUGCUGACAGACAGCGGUGGUGAAAUGGGAGAGGCAGAGCUGAGAGGCAUCAAGAUCGUCACAUCGCCCUACACCAUCACUUUCACAAAAACGCCUAAGUAUUUCAAACCAGGAAUGUCAUUUGAUGUCAUGGUUGAAGUUCUGAAUCCUGAUGGGUCUCCAGCAAAUAGCAUUUGUGUCGUGGUCGAGCCUGGAUCAGUUAAAGCUAACACACAAUCCAAUGGCAUUGCAAGACUUACCAUUAAUUCGGAGUUAAACACAGACAAACUGGGAAUUACAGCUAAGACGGAUAAACCUGGACUUGAAUCUAACAGGCAAGCAACUGCCACCAUGGAUGCCUACCCAUAUCACAGCGGAAGCAAGAGUUACCUCCACAUAAGUGUGGAUGCAGCUGAGGUCGAAAUAGGACAAGACAUAAAAAUGACCCUAAUCAUCAACAACCCAGAAGGUCAAAAAGAUAUUACUUACCUGAUCUUGAGCAGAGGUCAACUGGUGAAACAUGUGCGAUACCAAAACCAAGGUCUGAACCAGAUUGUGCAGAUGCUUAGGAUUACCAAAGAAAUGUUGCCAUCAUUCCGCAUCGUAGCUUACUACCACACUAAUUCAGGUGAACUGGUAUCAGACUCUAUUUGGGUUGAUGCAAAGGACUCCUGCAUGGGCUCGCUGGAUUUAAGUAUAGUGAAACCUGUUGCAACCUAUGAACCUCGCAAGUCUUUUAAACUGAAGAUUACAGGAGAUCCAGAGGCCACGGUGGGACUGGUGGCAGUUGACAAAGCCGUCUAUGUCUUAAACAACAAGCAUCGCCUGACACAGAAAAAGAUUUGGGACACGGUGGAACAAUACGACCCAGGGUGCUCACCAGGUGGAGGGAAAGACAGCAUGGCUGUGUUUUAUGAUGCAGGACUGAUGUUGGAGACUGGAUCUAAUUAUCGAACCGCCCACAGAACAGAGUUGAAGUGUCCGUCUUCCAGCAGGAAGAAACGUGCCAGCACUAUAAUGGAUGUCAGAACCAGUUUAUUACGUGAAUUAAACAAAGCACUACAAGAAUGCUGUUUGGAUGGAAUGAGGGAAGUUCCUGUUUCAUACUCCUGUCAGAGGCGCAGUGAGUACAUUGUGGGUGAUACCGAGUGCUCCAAGGCCUUCCUUCGCUGCUGCGAAGAGAUGGCAAAACAGCGAGAUGCGACAAAGGAUCAAAUGCUACAGCUUGCUCGCAGUGACAAAGAUGAUGGUUACGAUGAAGAUGCUGAAAUAACGAUUCGCUCCAAAUUUCCUGAAAGUUGGCACUGGAUGGAUAUCCAGUUGAAUCCUUGUCGUUCAAAUGACCCUAACUGUAAGACCACAUCAUUUGAGCAAAUAGUUCCGUUGCAAGACUCAAUCACUACCUGGCAGUUUACUGGCAUCAGUCUAUCCAGAACACACGGAAUUUGUGUCGCUAAAUCACUAGAGGUCGUUGUCUAUAAACCAUUCUUCAUUGACCUCCGGCAUCCAUACUCUGUUGUCCGAGGAGAACAGGUGGAAAUUAAAGCGAUCCUCCACAACUACAAUACUGAUCCAGUCACUGUACGUGUGGACCUCAAAGAGGUAAAAGGUGUGUGCAGUUCAGCAUAUAAGAAAGGAUGGUUCCAGCAAGAGGUCAUGGUCGCAGCUGAAAGUUCACGAUCUGUACCAUUUAUCAUCAUUCCCAUGACUCUUGGGGAAAUUACUGUUGUGGUCAAAGCGCUGAUUAAAGGCUCACACUACGGUGAUGGAAUUGAGAAGACGAUUCGUGUAGUGCCUCAAGGUGUUAAAGUUGAAAUUGAAAAGAAUGUAAGACUAGAACCUGGCAAGAGAGGUGGAACUCAAGUGGAGACUAUCAACAGUCAAAUUAAUGCAACAGAUAUGGCUCCAGACACACCAAUGAACACUCUAAUCGCUGUGACAGGAAGAGAACAGAUGAGUUCACUGAUUGAGAAUGUCUUUAGUGGGAAGUCUAUGGGCACUAUGAUCCAAGAGCCCCACGGCUGUGGAGAGCAGAACAUGAUUAACCUAACCCCGACUGUCAUUGCAACCAUAUAUUUAGAUAAAACCAACAAGUGGGAAGACGUGGGCUUUGAGCAGCGCAACACAGCUUUAAAACACAUGAAAACUGGCUAUCAGUCCGAGCUAGCGUACCGAAAAGAUGAUGGAUCUUUUACAGUUUUUAUGCAUACACCAAGCACCACCUGGCUGACUUCCUACGUUACAAAAGUGUUUGCAAUGGCCUAUGAGCUUAUUGCAAUUGACAAAAACGUGAUCUGCAGUGCCGUCAAGUUUCUCAUUCUUAAAACACAACAACCUGAUGGCAUUUUUAAGGAAGUUGGAGAAGUGUAUCACAAAGAAAUGAUUGGGGAUAUCGGCGGAGAAGAUUCAGAUGCUUCACUGACAGCUUUCGCCCUGAUUGCCAUGCAGGAGUCAAAAACAUUGUGUUCUGAAACUGUUGGAAGUUUGCCAAACAGCAUACAAAAAGCAGUAGCAUUCCUGGAGAAACAACUUCCCAGGCUCACCAAUCCCUAUGCUGUUGCAAUGACAUCAUAUGCCCUGGCAAAUGAAAACAAACUGAACAAAGAUAUCCUCUACAAGUUUGCUGCCCCAGAUCGAUCCCACUGGCCAGUACCCAAGGGACACAUUUUCACAUUGGAGGCCACAGCUUAUGCUCUUCUUGCACUUGUCAAGUCUCAGGCCUUCCAAGAUGCUAAACCUGUGGUGAGAUGGCUCGGUCAAUACCAAAAGAUGUUGGGAGGCUAUGGUUCAACUCAGGUUACUGUAAUGGUGUACCAGGCUGUAGCAGAGUACUGGAAAACUGUCAAAGAACCAGAAUAUACUCUUAAAGUAGACAUGAUGGUACCAGGCAAGUCAUUGAUGGACAAGUACAGCUUCACCAGUGAAAAUCACUAUGCUGCAAGAACAUCCAAGUUCCAAGGUAUCAAUAAAGAUGUAAACCUGACUGCUUCUGGAAAUGGAGAAGGAAUGUUUCAGAUGGUGUCACUGUAUUAUGCUCUGCCUGAAAAUGUGGAAAGAGAAUGUGAGAAGUAUGAUCUAAAACUACAACUUGUAGAAGGGAAAGCCACUGAAGGUGGUAAAACAUUCAAGCUGAGAAUUGAUGUUUUAUAUAAGGACUACAACCGUGAUGCAGCCAUGACAAUCUUGGAUAUUGGUUUACCAACUGGCUACAUUUUUGACAAAAGCGACUUGGAGACAUUGUCCAAAGGACGUGACCGUAUCAUUUCAAAAUAUGAGACAGUUGAAGCUCUAUCAGACAGAGGCUCCCUCAUCAUUUACCUGGAUAAGGUUUCCCACACACGGCCAGACGAGAUUUCUUUCAGGAUCCAUCAAAUAAUGAAUGUGGGCAUCUUGCAGCCAGCUGCUGUCUCAGUCUACGACUACUAUAACAGAAAACCUUGCGUUAGAUUCUACCGCCCCGGGAGAAGCAGUGGAGAGCUCCAGACACUUUGUACUAAGGAAAAAGCAGAAUGUCUGUGUGCUGAAGAGGGCUGCACUUUUCAGAAAAAGCAUGAUGUCAGCAACAGUGACCGCACUAAGAAGGCCUGUGAAACUCAGAACAGCAAGAUAGACUAUGUCUACAAAGUACAAGUGGAAAAUAUACAGAAUGGUUCGACCACUGACAUGUACACCUUGCGGAUACUGAAAGUCAUUAAGAAAGGAAGUAAGGACGAAGGCCCUCUAAAUCAGCUUCGUGCAUUUCUUAGUUAUCAGCAAUGCAGAGAGGUCCUGGGUCUGGAAAAAGACAAAACCUACCUGAUCAUGGGAACAUCAUCAGAUAUCCAUAUCAUCAAUGACCAGAUGCGGUAUAUGCUCGGUCAGAAUACCUGGGUUGAGUACUGGCCCGUACGAGGAGAGUGUCAGUCUCCUAAAUACCGACCUGCUUGUUUGGGCAUGGAGGACCUCAUAGAGCAGAUUGAGGACUAUGGAUGUCAACAGAAGUGAAACUUAACAGAAUAAAAUCUUUUCUUUUCUGUUUAAA